CUGCCAGUGGGAGGGGGCAGGAUGGGAGGGAAAGUAAAGAAAACAGAAAAGGAGAGGGACAGAGGCUCGGAGGACUUCUCACACGGGCAGAACCACCGGGCAUGGAGCACCCCCUCAUCCCUCACCUGUUCUUGCCCCUGCUUUUCCUGACAGGUCUCAGCUCCCCCUUUAACCUGGACGUGCAUCACCCACGCCUAUUCCCAGGGCCACCCGAGGCUGAAUUCGGAUACAGCGUCUUACAGCAUGUCGAGGGUGGGCAGCGAUGGAUGCUGGUGGGCGCCCCGUGGGAUGGGCCUUCGGGUGACCGGAGGGGGGAUGUCUAUCGCUGCCCUGUCGGGGGCUUGCACAGUGCCCCAUGUGCCAAGGGCCACUUGGGUGAUCAUCCCCUGGGAAAUUCUUCUCGCCCUGCUGUGAAUAUGCACUUGGGGAUGUCUCUCCUAGAGACAGGUGGUGAUGGGGGGUUCAUGGCCUGUGCCCCGCUCUGGUCCCGUGCCUGCGGCUCUUCUGUCUUCAGCUCUGGAAUAUGUACCCGUGUAGAUGCUUCAUUCCGGCCCCAGGGAAGCCUGGCACCUACGGCACAACGCUGCCCCACAUACAUGGACGUUGUCAUCGUCUUGGACGGUUCCAACAGCAUCUACCCCUGGUCUGAAGUCCAGACCUUCCUGCGAAGACUGGUAGGGAGACUGUUUAUUGACCCGGAGCAGAUACAGGUGGGGCUGCUGCAGUAUGGGGAGAGCCCUGUCCACGAGUGGUCCCUGGGAGACUUUCGAACCAAGGAAGAAGUGGUGAGAGCAGCAAGGAACCUGAGUCGACAGGAGGGAAGAGAAACGAAGACUGCCCAAGCAAUCCUGGAGGCCUGCACAGAAGGGUUUAGUCAGUCCCGGGGAGGCCGGCCAGAGGCCGCCAGGCUGCUAGUGGUUGUCACGGACGGAGAAUCCCAUGAUGGAGAGGAGCUUCCAGCAGCGCUUGAGGCCUGUGAGGCUGGAAGAGUGACACGCUAUGGGAUUGCAGUCCUCGGUCACUACCUCCGGCGCCAGCGAGACCCCAGCUCUUUCCUGCGGGAAAUUCGAGCCAUUGCCAGUGAUCCAGACGAGAGGUUCUUCUUCAACGUCACAGACGAAGCUGCUCUGACGGACAUUGUGGACGCACUAGGAGACCGGAUUUUUGGCCUCGAGGGGUCCCAUGAAGAAAAUGAAAGCUCCUUUGGACUGGAAAUGUCUCAGAUUGGUUUCUCGACUCAUCGGUUAAAGGAUGGGAUUCUCUUCGGGAUGGUGGGGGCCUAUGACUGGGGGGGCUCCGUGUUGUGGCUCGAGGAAGGUCACCGCCUUUUCCCGCCGCGGGCGGCUCUGGAAGACGAGUUCCCCCCUGCCUUGCAGAAUCACGCAGCCUACUUGGGUUACUCUGUUUCUUCCAUGCUUUUGCCGGGUGGACGCCGCCUCUUUCUCUCAGGGGCGCCUCGUUUUAGGCAUCGCGGGAAAGUCAUCGCCUUCCAGCUUAAGAAAGACGGGUCUGUGAGGGUUGCCCAGAGCCUCCAGGGGGAGCAGAUUGGCUCCUACUUUGGCAGUGAGCUCUGCCCGCUGGAUACGGAUGGGGACGGAACCACUGACGUCUUGCUUGUGGCUGCCCCCAUGUUCCUGGGACCCCAGAACAAGGAGACAGGACGUGUUUAUGUGUAUGUAGUGGGCCAGCAAUCCUUGCUGACACUCCAGAGAACACUGCAGCCAGAGCCCCCCCAGGAUGCUCGGUUUGGCUUCGCCAUGGGUGCCCUUCCUGACCUGAACCAAGAUGGUUUUGCUGAUGUGGCUGUGGGGGCGCCGCUGGAGGAUGGGCACCGGGGAGCGCUGUACCUCUACCAUGGGGCCCAGAGUGGAGUCAGACCCCGGGCUGCCCAGCGGAUUGCUGCGGUCUCCAUGCCGCAGGCCCUCAGCUACUUCGGCCGGAGCGUGGAUGGCCGGCUAGAUCUGGACGGGGACGAGCUGGUGGAUGUGGCUGUGGGUGCCCAGGGCGCAGCCGUGCUGCUCAGCUCCCGGCCCAUUGUCCACAUAGUCCCUUCACUGACUGUGACCCCGCCGGCCAUCAGUGUGGUUCAGAGGGACUGCAGGCGUCGCGGCCAAGAGGCCGCCUGCCUUUCUGCGGCCCUUUGCUUCCGAGUGACCUCGCGCACUCCUGGCCGCUGGGACCGCCGAUUCUAUGCGCGGUUCACGGCUUCCCUGGACGAGUGGACGGCCGGGGCGCGGGCGGCGUUCGACGGCUCCGGCCAGAGGCUGUCGCCCCGGCGGCUGGGGCUCAGUGUGGGGAACGUGAGCUGCGAGCGGCUGCUCUUCCAUGUGCUGGACACAUCAGAUUACCUCCGGCCCGUGGCCUUGACUGUGACCUUUGCCUUGGACAACACCACGAAGCCAGGGCCUGUGCUGGACGCAGGCUCCCCCACCUCCAUUCGCAAGCUGGUGCACUUCUCCAAGGACUGCGGCCCGGACAACGAGUGCGUCACAGACCUAGUGCUGCGCGCUAACAUGGACGUCAGAGGCUCCAGGAAGACCCCGUUUGUGGUUCGAGGUGGGCGGCAGAAGGUGCUGGUGUCAGCGACUCUCGAGAACAGGAAGGAGAACGCCUACAACACCAGCCUGAGCCUCAGCUUCUCCAGAAACCUCCACUUGGCCAGUUUCACGCCUCAGAGGGACAGCCCGGUGAAGGCGGAGUGCACAGCCCCUUCCCCUCACGCCCGGCUCUGCAGUGUGGGGCAUCCUGUCUUCCAGACUGGAGCCAAGGUGACCUUCCUGCUGGAGUUUGAGUUCAGCUGUUCUGCCCUCCUGAGCCAGGUGCUCGUGCGGCUCACGGCCGCCAGCAAUAGCCUGGAGAGGAACGGGACCCUUCACGACAACGCCGUGCAGACCUCAGCCUACGUCCAGUAUGAGCCCCAGCUCCUGUUCUCUAGUGAGUCCACGCUGCACCGCUAUGAGGUGCACCCGUAUGGGGGCCUCCCCGCGGGUCCUGGCCCUGAAUUCAAAACCACUCUCAGGGUCCAGAACCUUGGCUGCUACGGGGUCAGCGGCCUCAUCAUCUCCGCUCUCCUUCCAGCUGUGGCCCACGGGGGCAGUUACUUCCUGUCGCUGUCCCAGGUCAUCGGCAGCAAUGCCAGCUGCAUGGUGCAGAACCUGACUGAGCCCCCAGGGCCCGCUGUGCACCCCGAGGAGCUCCAGCACACUAGCCGGCUGAAUGGGAGCAACACUCGGUGUCAGGUGGUGCGGUGCCCCCUCGGGCGGCUGGCCAAGGGGACCGAGGUCUCCGUGGGACUGCUGAGGCUGGUUCAUAAUGAAUUUUUCCGGAGGGCCAAAUUCAAGUCUCUGACAGUGGUCAGCACCUUCGAACUGGGGACCGAGGAGGGCAGUGUCCUACGGUUGACUGAAGCCUCUCGUCGGAGUGAGAGCCUGCUGGAGGUGAUUCAGACCCGCCCCGUCCUCAUCUCGCUGUGGGUCCUCAUUGGCAGCGUCCUGGGAGGGCUGCUCCUGCUCGCUUUCCUUGUCUUCUGCCUUUGGAGGCUUGGCUUCUUUGCCCGUAAAAAAAUCCCCGAGGAAGAAAAAAGAGAAGAGAAUUUGGAGCAAUGAAUGUAGAAUAAAGAGCUGGAAAGUCUUCCCUGGCAACUUCUCCAAACAACUUGCACAAGAAUGGAGGUUUGGGGGCUCAGAUAGAACCAGAAGAAGCCUCUGGACUGUCUCCCCAGACCUGCAGUCUUUGAGUCUGGAGGAUGCUGCUGGCUGGAGUGAGGCCUUACCUCAGACAAGAAGGGCGGGCACCAACAGGAGGAGUACCCCCACCCUGCAGGUCCCUCCUCGGGGUCCUGGUACCCCAGCCGGCCUGGACACCCUGUUCCCUAGCUCCAGAAACCAGGACCAAGGUCCCUGAGGCCUUCCAGACGCCAUGCACAUCCUCCCUCACCAUGGGGACCAGCUGAGGAUUGCCUUCCUCUCUGUCUCUGUCUCUCACCUCCUGCCUGCGCCCAGCUCCACAGGAGGCAGCCGAUGUUGGCUUGAAAGAAGUAAAGUCAACAUCUGCUGCUUUCCUGUGGAGUCUGGUGAUUCAGAGCCCGGAUGGGGAGAGUCAACAGGAAAAAAGGAGGGAGGGGAAAAGCCACAAGAGACAUUCUGUACAAUUCCAAGGAACAGAGGAGCCUUUAGACGGGGAGCUGCCGGCCGCUGAAACCUGAGCCUCGCGGGCGCUCGCUGCCCUCAGGUGCUGGUGAAGCAGCCGCCCCAGACCUGCCGGGCGUGGGCCCGAUUCUCUGGAGCCAGGGGCCCCCAGGCGGCCGGGGCUGGGAUAGCAGAGGACCCUGGCUCCCCCAGAGUGCUUUCUCCUCUCUGGUGUCGUCCACUCUUGAGCCCUCCCUGGGGCCGCCUUAGAGAAAACGAGAGUGAAGGGAGAGGGUUGUGCUCGUGGGUGGGGAGCCUUUUCACCUGACCAGCUUUGCGCCACGCGGCCCGUGGGGUAAGAACUAGUGGGGGGAACUAGUGGGGUCUGCAUUAAGGAGGAAGCCCAUGGAGUGACAGGCAGUCUCUGAGGAUCAAGUCCUUAAUUGCUCAGCAAUGUUGUGCAGCAUUCCGGUUUCUAGGGGAUGUUUCUGGGGCACCCCCAGACACACCUUGCAGGACUUCCCCAGCAGAAUCGGCUUGCCCGCCUUUACCUGAUGUUUACUGGAAAUUCCCAAGUUGAUUUCCACCUCUGGAUCACCACUCUCACCCCCCGCCUGAUUUUUGGUCACGGCCAGUAAGAGAAUUAGGUUCUCAUGUACAAGUGGAUGGCUUUUGUUUCCUUGUAUUCAAGACUCUGGAUGCCAAAGGCAGUUGUUGAUCUCUAGCGUGCAGCUUUGACAGCCGUUGGAGGAGUCAGGGCUGAGAGGAGAGGACAGCAGAAGGGGCAGGUUUCUGAGGCCAUGGAAUACCCCCCACCACCACCACCACCAGGCUGCUGCACUUGAGGCCUAGCCACAGUGUUUGCUUUGGGUGUUUCUGGCCUUUUGCAGAAGGCAUUGUCUCUGCUGUCCAGCAGGGUGGACAGCAUAUCAGGUGGUCAGAGCAAAUAAAGUUCAGUG